GCGCGUCCCUUCGAACGGGUUCAUUUUACCAGUGCUUCUUUCCCGUACUCGAACUCGCAUUUUCCUUCUAUUAUCGAAAUCGCAAGUGCACGAGUAUCGGCAGUGGCGGAUCAGGUGCAAGCUUAUCUUGCAUUUCGCAUUGACGUAUUCCAUUGCUUGUGAGUGUGUGUGAAGAAUUUUGGAAACACCAAGAGGAAGGCGGCUGGGCGUCGGGACGCCGAGGAGGCAGCUGGGAGUUGCAAGUGGUCGGCCGUCCCUCUUUGCCCGAGGUAGGAUGCUCUGCAGUCUCUGAGUCGAGGAAAGUGGAGCGUCUACGUGGGCAUCGCUCGGUGUGACACGUCGCCUGGGCAGCGGGGCAGCGGGGCACUCCCUUGGAAAUAUGAACAUACCCUAAAUCUGGAAUUCGAGCCUUUAUAAAGCAGGAACAUGGAAACCGAAGAACUCACCAGGCUCGUCGACGGCAUCUACAAGAAUAUUCUGGACAAGUUCAACCCUGGCGCGAGGCAGCUGAUCAAUGCGGGCAAGGCGUACCUCAAGGCACUGCACGGUGCGGCCGCAGCCUCCCGCGUCUACGUGGAUGCUCUGACCAGGCUCGCGCGUCAAGCUCAGCUGGGCACGUGGGGCGGCUCUCAAGAUGUCGGAUCCGCGCUGAUGAGAAUCGUCGAGGUCUACAAGGAAAUUCAGGACCAGGAGAUGAAUAUUCUCAAGGCCUUCUACGUGGAUCUUCUGGUUCCACUGGAGACAAACCUCGAGAAGGACACUAAAGUCGUGCAGAGCGAACAAAAAAAGUUCCUGCAGCAGCACAAGACCAGGUCGGAGACGUACAGCAAGGCGGCCGCGACGAUAAAGAAGCAGCGCAAGAAGUCUAGGGGUGCCAGCAAGAGUGGGCUUGCGAUGGACAAGGAGCUGAAGAACAUGCAGAUACUCGAAGAGGAGAAGUCGAAGCUGGACGCCUUCUGCGAGCAGAGCCUUAAGAAUGCGAUGACCCAGGAGAGGAGACGAUACGGCUUCGUACUGGAACGACAGUGCUCGCUGGCCAAGCACUACGCAAGUUUCCACGAGGUCGCUCUGGCCGCCCUGCACCCUUCCGUGGAUGAAUGGCGCGAGGUUGCCGCCACCAGGGAAUACUUGCCGCAAUCAGUCGAGGACAUGUUUGCGUCGAGGCUGAGGCAAGUGUCGUUCUGGCCCGAGGACGAGGAGAAUGGUGGCUCGGAAUUGACAAUGAGCUCGCAAUUGAGAAAAACCCGAAGUAUGGAUAGCUCCUGCCUGGAAUUGCGACUCGGGCCGACCUCCGGAAAUCCCACGUCGACUUCUCACCAGGAUGGAGGUCCGCCCCACCUUCCGGCCGUUCUCUCCAGGGCACGUUCCGAAGUUAAUCUUCACGCCUCUUCGCUCUCACUUGGUCCUGCGUAUACGUAUAUUGCAGAAGAUGAUGCCGGUAGACCGAUAUAUAAAUUUCCAGACAUCCCAGAGACACCACCGCGACCCAGGUCCAUGGCCCCAGCAUCGCGCGGCAGCGGCACCGCUAACACGGCUGGCAUUGGGCCGGAGAACUGGAGCGACGCACCCUUGGCAAGAGCCCUUUUCGCUUAUUUGAGCUCAGGAGAUAAUCAGCUGAGCUUCCUGGAGGGCGACCUCAUCGCACUGAUGGAACUCCCAGGCGAGCGACAAAAGGGCUGGCAAUUCGGGGAGAAUCUGCGUACGCAAAGCUCCGGCUGGUUUCCGCUUGCCUACACGGAGAUCAUCAUCGACGAGACACUCGGCUCACCCAGUCACGGCAUGAACAACGGAAGGAGUCCGGAGCCCAGAGUAAUUCCACCCUGUAAGCCACCACCCUCGAGGCCUCCAGUUACACCUAGUAUCGAUGACCUGUCCAGCACUCCGGGUGCCGGCAGUAACAGUAACAGCAACAGCAACAACAAUAAAAACAACAACAACAACAACAACAAGAACACUCCGACCAACGUGGGGAAUAGUAGUGGAGUCCAUAGCGUCGCCACACCAUCCGCACGUCAAGCGAAACCGAUCCGUCCAUCCGGUACCCUGCCAACGGCCCUAGCCGGCGGUGGCCGUAGGGUCCAGCCGCCGGUGCCUCCCGUGCCCCCGCCACAGGCCGUGACGUCACUGCACAGCAGCAACGACAGCGGAUUUUCUAACGAACCGCCGGUGCAGCCUGACGUCGAUUAUAGCGACGACGAAGCGAUGAGACAACGGCGCAGAAAACCACGCGCCGAGCGCAUUGCCGAUCGCAACGUCGAGACGGAACGGGAAAAGAAUCGCGAGGACCCGAAGAAUCCUGGCAAGGACUGGAUGAACGAUUCCUGGAAGACCAUACCGCGCGACGAGAAGAGCUGGCAGCUUUACAGGAGCGCGAUGGACUUGUGGGCGAACGUAAAACAGGACGUUACAUGCGAAGACGGUGUAAAGAAUCUGCCGAGCGGUAGGCACAGGGCACCCGAGCUUGCAAGAUACGAGAAUCAGCAGGAGUCCAACGCACAGAGUCGAGAAUAUCAUGCCCGUGGAACACUCGAGAGCCAUCCUGCCAAAGGACAGAGCAAGACGUACGAGAGACACGCCGGCAGAGAAUACGGCAGAGACGAGGGAAACAACUAUGAGAAUCAGAUGCGACCCAAUCCCAAUCUCAGGAGCAAGUUCACCAGUGAACCCCCUGCUGCACGUGGUCAGGCAAAUCGGCGUUCCAACGAGUUGACGUCGCAAAAGCGUGAAGCGAUCGUCAGGCAAGAUCGUGAGGAGGAGAACGAUGACGAGGAGGAGGAGGAGGAGGAGGAGGAGGACGUGGAGGAGGAGGAGGUGGAGGAGGAGGAGGACGAGGAGGAGGAUCUAGUGAUGUAUCGACAGCAGGAAAAAGAAAGGUUCGAGGUUCGAGAAUAUUCUGGCAAGUACGAGAAGAAUAAAUAUUAUGAUGAUCGUGUGGACGGUAGGGAAGAGAGUCCUCGGAAAGGAUAUCGCGUGGUGGAUCACGAGGCAAGCUACGAGGAGAAGGAGAAGAGCUGCUCCUCGGACACUGACGACGACAGUACCAUCACCAUUCCGGAGAAUGGGGGUAAGGUCGAGCAAAUUGCACAGAAAUUGGAGCAGACUGCGCAGAAGUAUGCGCGCGAGCACAGUCCCCCAAAGUACGCAGACAAGAGGAACGACUACGAAGACUUCGGCAGAGCCGAAAAGGUUUCCAGCAGGUACGACAACUAUAUACUCGAGAAAGAAAGACGAAGAGGGAUGCCUCAGAGACAUAAUGAGAGACACGAGAGAUCCUUCGAGCACUCCGCUUCGGCUUCUGGAGCAAUGGAAUCGUCGUCGGCGAGCAACGCCUACGACAGGGACGGUGCCCGGGAACGCGAACGAACCUUCGAGAAGAAUCCCGAUAGAAAUCGCAUGAGAAACGUGGAGAGACGAUCGAGUAGAUUCGAGAGACCCAGGGCGCCGUUCGAGGAGGCGCCCGAGCGACCCAGCGAGAGGCCCUUCAGGGAACGAAGGUAUUCCGAGAAGGAAGAGAUCUAUGGAGAGACCGGCAGAUACACGCGUGAUCCCGGUUUCCUCGAGAAGGAGCGCGGAUACGAGUCCAACUUUGAAACUAAACUAGAACGCAGCAAGAUCAUCGAGAAACACAACUACCAGAAGAUCGACAGACCAGCCGGCGAGCAGGGGCCCAGUAAGGCUGGCCAAAGAGAGAGUAACGAUUCCAACAACAACACCCUGAAGAACGAAAGGAAAGCAGCUGCGCAGGGCAGGACGAACGUUAUCGGCAGGAGCUUCGACUUCGAGGCGAAGGCUCCCAAGCUGGUUAAACGCACAAAGUCCUUCUGGAGAUUCAGGCGCGACUCGGAUGUUCUCGAGGGCAUGGCGCUAUGGCAGCACAGAUCUCUGGUGGACAUUCCAAAGAUGAUUAAGAAGGAGGAGGAGGCGAAGGAGGAGGAGAAGGAGGAGAAGGAGGAGCGCAGAGCGGAAGAAUCCUUGAGGAAAUCAAUGCCGGAUGACGUCAAGCCCAGCCAAAACCACGAGAAGGAUGUGAGAUCGCGGGAGGCUGGAAGCGAUCAGUCGAAAAGUGGCGAGGAGCCAAAACCGGCCGAGCGAAUUCACGUUCCGGAGAAAUCCGAGUACUUUGCUGAUUUCCCGACGCCCGCGGAGAGGCCCAAGGUGACCGAGAGGUCGGAAUACAGGAUGCGCCAGGAGGAGCGCACGUACUUUGUCGGGAACGUGUCGCGAAAGGCGAUCCUCGAGAAGGAGCGGAAGCGCAGCCUGGAAGCGAAGCAGAACAUGGUGGUAGCUCAACUGAAAGAGAAUAACGAGGUGAAGAAGGGUGGCGGCGGCGGGGGCGGCGGGGCGGCCGCCGCUGCCAGAAGAAACAAGAUCUAUGGCGACGACGACGACGGUCUCAUUCAGAAUUUCACGGAGACCGAAGCCUCCGACGAGGAGUCCACCUACAGCUGCAUCGUCGUCAAGGACCAGGCGGUGCCGGAGAAGACUUUGCUACCGAGAACGAAGCUGAGAAGGGAUGCGGACAGGGAGCGCGAGAGGGAGAAGAACACUUGCGGCCCUUGGUAUGAUUUAUGGGGCGUCGAUUCUUCCGUCAAGAAAAAAAAGAAAAAGCAACAGCAGCCAUGAGUUAACAGGGAGAUAUAACUUUUUUUCUUUUUUUAUAAGAACCCGUCACGCUCCGCCCGAAAGGUGCGGGUAGUGUCCUUUCCCACUCCUUUCGACCAGAUUAUUAUUUUUUUUGUAUUUUUUGCUUUUGUUUAAUUUUGUCCAGCGCGCGCAUUCCUGCCUCACAGUUGCUGGCUCCAAUAGAGACACGUGUGCGGCCCUUUGCGUCCAGAAGCACCGCGCGCGUCGCUCCAGGAUUAAUUCGUAUUAAAUUUCGUUGGGAUUCCGUCGGUUAUCCUCUCAUCGUUCAAUCCUUCUUCCCAGUUGCGCCGUGCCACACUUAUGAGGCUCGUCGCAUAAUCUGCUGCGCGUAUUCGAAAAUCGUGGAUUCCAAGUCGCCAGAGGCGGAAAUCCCUCUCCUCGGCCGGGACUAGGAAGAAAAGCACAAGGGCCUCUUCUCUUCGGCGGCGCCGUCGCUCGCAUCAUCGAUCCUCAUUCUCGGAAGAAUUAGACUUGGUUCCCGUUGCUUCCCAUUCCACGUAGAGUCCUCAGGACCAUUCCACAGCGACCUUCGUAGGAUACCUUCGCAUCGUUCGUGACGACGAAGGAUAUCCGGGGAUAA